AUGGCCGCCAGGCCUAUUCUGCUUCGGUUUGAGAGUCGAAACGGCCAGUUCCGUAUCACUGUUAACCCGAGCGAUCUCUUUCCCACUCUUCAACAAAAGAUCCUUGAGAAUCUACCAUCAGAUACCGAACCAGCAUCCCUUACCCUUUCAAAUAAGCCAAUAGGUACGGGUGGGGAAGAGCGAGAGCUACAAGCGCUAAGUGGAGUGCCCAUUGGCCAGGUUGGCUUGAAACAUGGUGAUAAGCUCUUCGUGGGAUAUCAAGACCGCACAGCGCAGCAAAAUGGCCACCCGAACGGACAAGCAACACCCACUGAGCGUCGAUUGAAUGGCACACCGGUGCCUCAAGAACAGACGAUUCCUAUUCGUGCCCAACCCACCUCGCCUACACUCAAUAUCAAGAACCCAUGGGAUGUGGUGAAACAGUCACCGCUUGACGAUUUACUUGACAAGACAGAUGGCAAGAUUAAACGAAACAAAGAUCAACGCAUGUGCAAGCAUGGCCCGAAAGGCAUGUGUGACUAUUGCAUGCCUCUGGAACCAUACGAUGCCAAUUAUCUAUCCGAGAAGAAGAUCAAACAUCUUUCAUUCCACUCCUACUUGCACAAGAUCAACGCAGCCACCAAUAAGCCCGAGAUCAAAAGUUCCUUUAUGCCUCCACUAAGCGAGCCCUUCUAUCGGGUCCGGAAAGAUUGCCCGUCCAGACACCCUUCGUGGCCCGAUGGAAUUUGCACCAAAUGUCAACCCAGUGCCAUCAGUCUACAACCCCAGGAAUUUCGCAUGGUUGAUCACGUUGAGUUCUCAACACCGGACCUGAUCAAUUCAUUAUUGGACUUCUGGCGCAAAUCAGGUUCCCAGCGACUCGGAUUUCUUUACGGAACAUACGAGGAAUACAAGGAAGUGCCGUUGGGUGUCAAGGCUGUUGUUCAGGCAAUCUACGAGCCCCCACAAGUCGGAGAAAUCGACGGCGUCACACUUCAUGAAUGGCAUAAUGAACAAGAGGUGGACGAAGUGGCGCGGAUGUGUGGGCUGCAGAAGGUCGGUGUGAUCUUCACAGAUCUCAUCGAUGCGGGCCAAGGAGAUGGCACUGUGGUCUGCAAGCGUCACAUUGAUUCCUACUUCCUAUCCUCUCUUGAAAUUGCAUUUGCUGCCCGCCUUCAGGCACAAAACCCUAAAGCAACUAAGUGGAGCCGAACUGGACGUUUUGGCUCGGACUUUGUUACCUGCGUUCUUAGUGGCGAUGACACCGGAGCUAUUGCAGUCAGUUCAUACCAGGCCACAGUUUCGGCGACGGAGAUGGUUCGAGCGGAUAUCGUCGAACCAUCUGCAGACCCAUCCGUCAUGUUGGUGCAGUCCGAAGAGGAUGAGGAUGUUGGGAGCAGAACCAGAUACAUCCCCGAGGUUUUCUUCCGUCGAAUCAACGAACAUGGUGCUAGUGUACAAGAAAACGCAAAGCCAAGCUUCCCCGUCGAUUUCUUACUGGUAACACUCACACACGGUUUCCCAACCGAGUCCAACCCUCUUUUCACAACCACCCGUUUCCCCAUCGCCAACCGUGAGAUCAUCGGCGAGAGUCAAGAGUUACGCCAUGUGGCCGAGAAGAUUAUGUCCCCGACCGACCCAGACAGAGCGAUUCAGGGCAUUUCAGACUUUCAUCUCUUGUGCUUCCUGCAUGGACUUUCUACAUUCAGCAAGGAUGAAGAAGGUCUCCUUUGCCGAGUUGCCACAUCCCACUCCCCCGCCGAUGGAAUCCAACUACUGAAUACCCCCGGGUGGGCAACCUUGAUGACGAUUCUUCAAGAGAGUGGUGAGCGCCCCCCCUAA